AUGCCAUCCGAACAUGUAACAAACCUCUCUGGCGCCAACGAGGAUCGUCAUAGUGGCAACAAGCGCGCGCGGAGGCCACAUGGUGAUUCGCGAUAUCCCAGGAAACGAAGUCUUAGAGCUUGUCUUAUAUGCCGCUCCAGAAAAACAAAGUGCGAUAACGUACGGCCAAAGUGUGGCUUCUGUGCAUCUGUCGGAGUCCAGUGCUCGUAUGACGACAAGCCUGAAGAAGACCAUUCCUCUUUCGACCUUGCGACACUGGAAAUACUUCGUCAACUUGGUAAGAUUACUGAGUCCCAAGAUGAUCUCCUCCGCAUAGUCCGACCUCUGGCGGACUUGAGAUCACGCCACCUUGGAUCAGAGCUUUCAUCACGCACUUCAGGGUUAUCGAACUACCGCAGAAUUGGAAAUAUCGCUGAUCUGAAUGAGCUGUCGGCUACAUCGUUUCAGCCUCAUGAGUGCGGUGACCGGUUUGGGCUUCCGGCGGACUCAAGUCCGUCCACCACAACUGGAAACACUAACGUAGCAGCGGUUAGAUGGCUGGACGUUCUGACCAGUGAUGCCCACUGGGGAGCCCUUCCUGAAUCACGUGUAUCCCUUGAUCAAGAUUGUGGGCCCCUGGAUCUUUCUAGCCAGCGUGGUCAGGAUGAUCUGACUCCUUUGCAACACGCCACCAGGAUCGUUGACAAUUGCACGCCUGAUUUAUCUGGAGUCGGGCAACCAGGGCUAGGAGCUCCAGUCCAGCCCGCCGCUCUUUCAGCUGAUGAUAGCUCUUCAUGGCAAUCACGUGAAGAUGUCACAUUACUGGCAGAUGAACAGGCUCUGUUCGAUAACUUCCUGCGUCGAAUCAGCUCGUGGGUCCCGCAUUUGGCAAUCAGGAAUGCCGGCUUGAUGAACGCUAUUCUGGCAUUGUCUUGUUAUCAUUCUCUCCUGCAGAAGCAGAUGAAUGCAUCCCAGGAGUCAGACGAACGAACGACUCUGCAAUAUUAUUACCAAGCACUGCACUAUAUUCAAAGGGCUAUGCAGUUCCCUUCAUAUCGAAAUAGCCCAGAAUUAAUAGCAACGACCAUCAUCAUAUCAACGUACGAAAUGCUUCAUGGCUCGUCCAAUGAUUGGCAACGUCAUCUCCAAGGCGUUUUCUGGAUCCUUAAGUCUCGACAAAUUGAAGUGGAAGAAGCAAGCCUCGAGAGUACAACAUGGUGGGCUUGGUUGCAGCAGGACAUUUGGGCAGCAUUCCGCGAGAGGCGCAGAACUUACAGUACAUGGCAACCGAAGAAGCUCUGCUCGGAGCUCAACAGCUAUGAGCUUGCUGCGCGAUCACUGUGGAUUUUAGCUCAAGUUGUUAACUUUUGUGCUAUUGAUCGCGAUAGUCAGACCGAAGUCCAGUUCCGAGAGCGUAUUGAAUGGGCGGAUCAAUUACGGCGUAUGUUACAGGAAUGGCACUCGUGCUUGACAGUCGAAUUCUCUCCACUGCCAUCAGUGAUUGUAGAGAAAUCAAAGGCCUUCGAACCACGAUUGAUACACCCUCAUGUUUAUGGUAUCUUCCCUUUCUUACUCUGUAAACCCAUGGGCUACGCUGAUAACUGUGACAGCUUUGGCCAUGCAGGUCCACCAUGUGUCUAG